AUGGCCUCCGAUUCCAAACAAAGUAAGUAUUUAACAGUUUAUUUACAUUAUAAUGGUUUAUUCGCACCAAAACCAUUAGUGUACUUGAACGCUGUUGUUGUUUCAAUCUGUGAUGUCGAUUUUGGUGCAAUGGAUUUCAAAGACUUUAACUUGUUCAUUGCAAAGUUGAUUGAAGGCAGUUGUGAUAAUGUAUAUUAUUGCACUAGAAAUGAACCGUUGGCAGAGGGUAUUAGGAGAAUUAGGAAUGAUGCUGACUACUUUGAGUUUAUUGAAACGGGUUAUAGUGAUGAAGCCGGUCUAAGAAUGAAUGUGUAUAUAGACCAGAAAAUGAACCUGUACUUGAUUGGGCUGAUAUGGGAUGAUGAUGAAGGGCAUUAUUCUGAGGAAGACCUGGAUGAUGAUAAAGAUUCACAACUUUCUGAUGAUAUUCCAUAUGAGCAUGAAGCAGAUGAUUACAUUCCUUCUCUUGACAAGACUAUUGGUGAUGAAUUCUUACAUCGGGUGUCAGGUAUGUGUAAGGAUAUAAAUGAUGAGGCUGAAACUGAUGAGGUUGAAACCAAGAAUGGAGAUGACAAACCAGUGUACCCUGUCCAUAAUGAGAACCAGAAAUGGGACAAAAUGGUGCCAAUUCUAGGUAUGAGAUUCUCUAACCCCAUGGAAUUGAAAAAUUGUUUGACUAACUAUGCAGUGAAGAAUGGGUACAACCUUUAUUUUGAGAAAAAUGAUAGUCAGAGAGGCCAACUGUUAGCAGCUAUGGGUAGGGAUGCAAACAACCACAUCUUCCCUAUUGCAUGGGCUGUGGUGGAAGUUGAAAAUAAGGAAACAUGGAAAUGGUUUCUUGACCUCCUUCUGGAUGACAUUGAAAUGGGAAUUGGUCAUGGAUUGACCCUCAUAUCAGACCAACACAAGGGAUUAAUAGAGGCUGUCAAAGAAAGGGUUCCAGCAGCAGAGCAUAGACAAUGUGCUAGGCACAUCUAUGCUAACUUCAAGAAAAGUUUCAAAGGUGAACAAUAUAGGAAGUUGUUUUGGGCAGCAGCUGCUAGUACUACUCAACCAAAAUUUGAGGCAGAAAUGAAUUCCAUAAAAAAAAUUGACCUUUGGCUUAUGAACACCUCAUGGAAAGGGACCCUAAAAGUUGGUGCAGGGCAUUCUUUGAAGUGGACAGGGCUUGUGAUGCUUAUGAGAAUGGCAUAUCAGAAAGUUUCAACUCUAUUUUGGGGUGUUAUACCAUCUGGGAUACAACAAUAUGAAGUUAGGAUUGGAAAUGAUGGAUAUGCUGUGGACCUUAACAACAACACAUGUGGAUGUAGAUCUUGGCAAGUAUCAGAUAUCCCAUGUGUGCAUGCAGUGGCAGCCAUUUCAUACCUCAACAGGAAUGCAGAGGAUUAUGUUGCACCAUGGUUCCAUACAGCCAUGUUCUUGACUUGUUACAACCAUACCAUUAACCCACUUAAUGGUAGUUCCAUGUGGCCUGAAGCUCCCUACAUGAAGCCAUUGCCUCCUCAAAAAAGAAGGUUACCAGGAAGGCCAACCCUUAAAAGGAAAAAAGAUCAAUCUGAGAUGGAAAGCAAGGGGAAAACAAGGCAUACUAUCUCAAAAGCAUGUUUAGUUAAUAGAUGCACUAUUUGUAGAGAAAGAGGCCACAAUAGAUCAACAUGUCCUACUAGACCAGCAGAUGUAGCAUCCACUUCAAGGCCAAAAAACAAGAAACCUAAAAAUGUAAAAAAAGAGAAAGGUAAAGUGGAACCAGUUCAAGUGGAUCCAGUUCAAGCAGAUCUAGUGGAUCCAGUUCAAGUACCAGCUCCACAGGUUGAUCCAGUUCAAGCAGAUCUAGUGGAUCCAGUUGAUGUACCAGCUCCACAUGUUGAACCAGUUCAAGUAGAUGAUCCACAUCCAGAUGUUGAUGUCCCUGCUCAACCAGUUGCAACUAGGCAGAGGAUACGAAAAUACUCAGAAAGAAUUACCAAGAUAGGGUUGAGGAGGAAGGUUUUGAAGAAAGAAGGAAGCACUGGACACAACCCAAUGGUGUUGGAAUGA